AUGUCUCUUAGUUCCUUCAAAGGCUCCAUCCUCUCGGCAACUAACGAAAAUACUGCAUGCCUGGCGAAUCUCAAAUUUGACUUCUCCCUUGUCAAAGUCGAAGCGCCUCUAGAAUUUCAGCCGUUAGGAUCCGCCCUGACAUUUAGGAGACGAGAUGAAGCCGAGUAUGGCCCGCAACACCAGACAGCUCGACGGCUGGCGGCAUUGUUCGAACCCCUAAUUCCGUCUACUCCAAAGCUCAUCUCCGCGUACGGUACAAGAGUCUCCGAAAUCAUUGAGUCCCCUGGUGUCAACCCCACCGGCUCUCGAGCUCAUGGCCCCUUCAAGGAAUAUGUAGGGGCCGACGGGACAGCAGUAUGGGCGGCUGCGACAUCUGGUGUCGCUGCACUGGGCAUAUAUCUACUCUCCUGCCUGCUAGCGCGGGCAUGGGAUUCUGGAAAAGCGAUAGCUAUCUGGGUCGAGCUGAUCGAGGAGAGGAAGAGGGAAAUCCAGAGUGCGUUUGAGAGAAAUGUCCCUAUCUCCACAGCCAGCGCCAUGAGCUCUCUCCAGCCAAUUGCCAGACAUGAUAUUGCGCUGUGGGAUGCAAGCUCGCGCUCCUGGCUACGCAGUGCUGAUCAAGCAAAGCAGCGUGAUCAUGACCAGCUGCUACUCAUAUCGAAAAAUGUAAGGAUGCCUUUUGUCGGAGGCUCAUCCACGUAUGAACAGGUGGUUUCGACCUGGAAACGGGCAAUGCUGGCUGUCGAGGACCUGCUAUGCGGUCGUCCUCAGUCGAUACUGGAUGCUGGGGUAGUAUUGGCCAUGUCGUCCUGGCAUCUAUACCCAGACAUGAUUGUUCUAAGGAAUGAAACGGUUAAUGUGAAGUUCAAAGACCCCUUAUUCCCCAGCACUGGUGUCUGCACAAUUGGUCUCGAAGGGUCAGAUGAUGAGGGAGCAGAAGGCGUGCGGUGGUCGCUAGCCCUGUCCCAUCUACAGUACUACGGGAGUGCUGUCAAAGUUACAGGUCCGAGAGAUAAUUCUCGAGUAACUAUAUCCCAGCUAUGCAUUGUCGCUUUCGGAGGCCUUCUUGGCCACUGGGGCGUUGGCUCAAAAGAUAUCGAAGACACUAUUCAACUAUUCUGUUGCAUUGGAGACAUUCUGAAUUCCUCCGCCUCCGAAGAACAGCCAGAGCUACAUACCCAAAAGCCAGAACGGUGGAUUAAUCCCAUUAUCCACGCUUGCAGGAAACUUAGCUCAUCUAAGGGAGAAGAGAAGGAAGAAAAUACCAGACUUCUCAGAUACGGUCAGCGGAGAGCAACGAAGUUCCUUCGACGGGAUGAAGAUAAAAUUCCCCCGUACUUUGGUCUUUGCAACCAGCUUCUCCUCUCGGCACUUUCUGGCGACGACUGCGACCUUACAUAUUUGAGAGGACUCGCGCAGUCAAUGGGCUAUGCGAGCAGCGACUGUCUGAUUGUCCAGGCACACUGGAUUGGACGGGGCUGGAAAAGCGGAAAACCGCACUAUUUUGAAUAUGCUACGGCAACGCCUCUCUGGAUAAAGGCCACUGGCAAGAGAGGCUCAAAAGGGGAAGAGAUAUACCAUGAGAUGCAUGCCAAAUGGUACUCCAUAUGCUCUGAUAGCAGUGGGAGCACUGAAAGGGUAGAGAAGGAGAUCAACAGCCGCGUCAAGCGCAUCAACCUAGACCCUACAACCAAUGAACGCUGCUUUUUCACUAAACAUGGGCAGACUACAUCUGACAGUGAACUCCUUUCGGUGAAGUGGCAUAAUCCUCCGCCGCUCUUCCGCUGUCAGAAAGGUCAAGAAGCUGACCGGGGACCAGCAGCGAUAUCAGACAUGGCCUGUUUGGUAGCUGAUGAGCCUGCAAGUACAUGCAACUGCUUCGAGCUGGAGCUCCCAAAUACAUUCGUUUCAACAGCCGGGAAAGCUUACUCUGGCUUCAUCAAUGUAUAUGGAAGCCGGCGCUUUGCCUUGUUCGUUAGAGACACACCUAACUCCCGGAGCCAGCAUGAUAAGUUUGUCAAAUGUGGCGCUAUAUCCCCCAAACAGGCCGUCCAGCAGCUUUGCAGACACCCGAUACAACUGACGAAGAUGAACGAGUAUCUAAACAUGACCCAUCCGAAAAAGCCCGUGACUGGUACAGAUUUGUUUAUUCUGAGCAAUUCUAGGAUUGUCUCCUCUCACACCUCUGCUGCUCUGCAUUCCUUGUACCUCGCAACGCUUAUAUACAGCAAAUUGGAAGGGUUGACCGUACUAUUGCGCAUUACAUCUCAACCUCUAUGCGAUGCUAGCUGGGUCUUAGAUGCUUCCAGCUCCGCAAUGAGAUCCAAGGCCCGGAAAACCCAUCCACAGGCCCCCAGCAGACAAGAGGCCUUUGCCUGUAUUGCCCACUUUGAUUCGGGACAGGCGAAUAUCCGACCAAGCGACUUAGACAGUACAUUGGCAAUUUGUAACCAGAACUCGAUAUUUGUAGCAGCUGCGGUACUAUCUGACCCCCUGGAAAAGGUCGAGGACUACGAGAUAAGACGGCUGGUGGGCAAUAUUGGAAAGAGAGGCAUAUCAAUGCUAGUUGCUCCUCACAACCCGCAGAUCCGUGAGCCCAAGGAUGAUUACUGUAUUGUCAACCAUGCGCCCUACGAUGGGAAACGGGAGAACAACUUCAACGACACUUCGCUACAUCUCUCGUUUACUGAGUGGACUCUACCGCUAGCUACGGCAGACAGUCAGACCAUCGACCAGGAUGUCUUCCUGGUUGAGUCUGUCAUAUCGGUGCGAGACCGAGGAGAAUGGGUGGCCGAUCUUGAUAUACUCGGCAUCAACAAGAGCGAGAUGCUGUUCGGGAAUGAAAUUGAUUUGCCCAGCCUAGUAGAUGAUGAAGACGACGAGGAUGCCAUGCUUAUGUAUGAGUAUACGUCUAUUGAUAGCUGGGAGGAGCUACUUGACCCCCCGUUGGGAGUGGGCAUAUUCCGAGCGCAGGGGAACUGGGUGGCUCGUCUUGCCGCCGUCAGCAUAUUGAUGCAGAGGAAGAAAGGCAUUGAUAUGGCCAUCUUCGACAAGAACCUUAGUCUACGAUCAUUUGAAGCUCGGCUUCAGUCCGAUGUUGAAGCUCGAGGUGCGAAGCCUCCGGAAAGCUUCAUCUGUAUAGACUGA